UGCCAGCUUGCAACCACAGACCAAAAUACAACAGUGGGCUGGAGCUUGCCACAUAGCUGUAAAAUGCUUCCCGCCAAAAUGUUGGCUAUUGCAACAGCUGUGCAGCCAGCGAUGUGGCAGCCUCAUGCGCCACAGCUGUUUAGCAAUUUGAUUUGUUAUUCAAUACACGCAUAUGUUAAUAUGCCGCAUUAAUGUGGAAUUUUAUCAAUUAAAAUAAACAAGAUGCAAGCGCUGCGAUAUAAAAGACUGUUACGGGGAUUGGAAUAUAACUGGCUUCGGCGUUUCUUAACACAAAGCUGCACAAGCAAUGAGCAACUGGAGCUGACCAACGAUGUGAAACAUCGCAUUGAGACGCACUGGAGUAAGCAGCUGUGCCAUGGGCAGUUUGACUCAAAGCAGGCGGCCAACAAAUACUAUGUGCUCUCCAUGUUUCCCUAUCCCUCGGGCAAUCUGCACAUGGGCCAUGUGCGAGUUUACACAAUCAGCGAUGCUGUGGCACGUUUUCAUCGCAUGUGCGGCAAGAAUGUGUUUCAACCGAUAGGCUGGGAUUCUUUCGGACUGCCCGCUGAGAAUGCAGCCAACCAACGGGGCGUGGAACCCGCCGCCUGGACACAACAGAACAUUGCACAAAUGAAGCAGCAACUGCAACGCUUGGGCUGCUCCUUCGACUGGACGCAUGAGCUGUCGACGAGCAGUCCCGAGUACUACAAGUGGACACAGCAUUUGUUCUUGCUGCUGCAUAAGCAAGGACUCGCCUAUCAAAACGAGGCGUUGGUCAAUUGGGAUCCCGUAGACAAAACAGUGCUGGCCGAUGAGCAGGUGGAUGCCAAUGGCUGUUCGUGGCGCUCGGGCGCCAAGGUGGAAAAGAAGUUGCUCAAACAAUGGUUCAUACGCACCACAGCGUAUGCCAAGCGGCUGCUCGAUGGACUCGAGGAUCCAACGUUGCGUGAUUGGCGCGAUAUUAUCAAUCUACAGCGGCAUUGGAUUGGCGAGUGCGAUGGUUACGCCUUCUCUUUGCUCACCUCCGCCUCGAACCUGCUUCGCGUGUGGACUGCCAAUCCCGAGCAUCUACUCGAUCCUCAUGCAUUUCUCGUGCUGCGCCAGAAGCACUUUUUAGCCAAACUGCCCGAUGCUGGUGGAUUGAGUGUGGAGAAUCCCUUCGCACGCACCACGUUGCCUGUAGUGUUUAGCGAUGAUGCUGCCUUCCCGCCGGACUGUGAUGUAUACCUAGCUGCGCCCAGCUUUCGUGCCGAGGAUCGUGAACUGUGGGAGCAACUUGGACUCGCAUUUAGCACCAGCAACGAAGUGAAUCCCGGCAACUGGGAGCAGCUGCGCAAGGAAGUGCUGACUGCAGCCAAACGUCUCAACAUUGGUGGCUAUCGAGUGUCGUCUAAGCUGCAGGAUUGGCUUAUUUCGCGGCAACGCUACUGGGGCACCCCGAUACCCAUUGUGCACUGUACCAAAUGCGGCGCUGUUCCAGUGCCCGAGCAACAACUGCCAGUGACGCUGCCGCCACGUGAUGCUGGCAAGGAUGCGCUGCGCUGUGAGUGCCCGAAAUGUGGUGACCCGCAAGCGCGUCGCGAAACCGACACCAUGGACACUUUUGUGGACAGUUCGUGGUACUAUCUGCGUUAUUUGGAUCCCCAAAAUACGCAGCACAUCUUUGACACAACGCUGACGAAUGCUUGCAUGCCUGUGGAUCUCUAUAUUGGUGGCAAGGAGCAUGCUGUGCUACAUCUUUACUACGCCCGCUUCAUGAAUCACUUUCUGCACAGUUGUGGACUGUCUCCAACGUCUGAACCCUUCUCGCGGCUGCUGGUACAAGGCAUGGUCAUGGGACGUUCGUAUAGGGUGAAGGGAAGUGGACGUUAUGUGCGUGACUCGGACGUGGAAGUGGUCAAUGCCAAAAAGAAUCAGGCGCAGCUUAAGGAGACACAAGAGCCGGUCAUCAUGAGCUGGGAGAAGAUGUCCAAGUCGAAGCUAAAUGGCGUUGAACCUGAUGACAUGUUCAAUGAAUACGGCACAGAUACAACACGUUUAAUCAUCUUGGCGGAUGUGGCGCCCACCUCGCAUCGCAAUUGGUCCAGUGCAACUUUUCCCGGCAUACUCAACUGGCAAAAGCGUUUGUGGCUGACGCUUGAGGAUUUCGAGACGGCACGCCGCGAAGUCACAGAAGAAACUGUGGACACGGGCAGCGAUGCUUUUCUGCUGGAUGAUGCCAAGCUUUUUGAUGCACGUAACUUUUAUAUUAAAGGCGCCACCUUCAACUAUCGCCAUGCGCAUCAGCUGAGCGUUGCCAUCUCCAAGAUGCAAGGCUUGACCAACUCACUGAGGCGCACUCCAAAGCAUAUUCAACGUCAUGGCAAACAGUUUGAACGCGCUCUCGCCGCACAAAUUAUUAUGCUCGCUCCCAUGGCACCGCAUUUUGCCUCCGAGUUGUGGUCACGUUUCGCUGCAGUGCCUGGACGUCUUAAUGCCGAAAGCGAGGAGCUGCAGUGGUCCAAGGAUGUGCUCGAGCAGCGCUGGCCAGACGUGGAUGCUGCCUACCAACUCGAUUUGUCCAUCAAAAUCAAUGGCUUUGAGAACUGUGUCAUUAAAGUGGCUCGUCAGCAGCUGGACAAGGUGAAUCACAGUGAUGCACUCGAUGUUGCCUUCAACACAGAGUCGGUGACAUCGUAUCUUAUUGACAAGAAGAUCAAGACGACGCACUUUGUGCUGUAUCCUGGCAUUGAGGGCAUACUCAACAUCUAUCUGGACAAAGUGAAAAAAACCGCAAAAGCCACCAAAGAAAAACGAUGAGGAUAAAUUGCAAGCGGAGUAGAUUAAGAGGAGAAAUUGAGGAGGAAAAUAUGUUAAAGAAGAAACAGGAGGUAGAAAAGAUUAUGUAAGGAAAAUGUGAAGACAACAAGUCAUAAAGAGAGGAGUUCAGAAUAAGUUAAAUGAGGUUUGAGAUGAAAACAGCAAAGGAAUAAGUUUAAAGAAUUU